CCAACGUCCUUGGUUGGUGAAAUUUGAGGGAACGGAAAGUUGGUGGCCAAGGCCGCGCUGGUGACUGACGUAAGACGAUUUUGGUUGGCGGAUUGUCUGAUGGGCUUACAAGAGGGUUAAAGUGAAGAGUCUGGCUGAGUAUGGGUUCAUGGGUGAUUUACUUGGUGGUAUUGAGCCAUUCCACGUGCGACAACACCGAUAUAGCCCGCUGACUGUAAUCUAGAAGUGGUAUGAAUUACAGUUGAUCAAAAGAAUCUAUCAAGCAUGGAAGGCAUGGCGCAGAAGGCGAGGGCGACUGGCGAUGCGUCGCAGCCGUUCAUGGUCUCAGCGCUCCCGCUGGUUUUCAGCAGCGGUCUGCCCGUCUCCUUGGAGAACAUGCUGGAGCGGAACCUGGUGAAGUUUGUCCGGUUCAUGCUCAAGUGCGCGCUGGGCGUCGACGAGACCAAGCUGCGGCUGGUGCGUCGGCCCGCCUGGUGGCCGCGAACCGUGCCCUACUUCAACUUCAAAGCCAGCAGGGAGGUGGAAAAGGGACAUGCGGAGCGUCUGCGCGAGCUGGUCCGCUGUUGCUACCGGGGCAACGCAUGCGAGUACCUGGUGCGCUUCUGUGCCGACCUCGAGCACCACUGCGCCUCGGGCCGUAUGCUCUUCAAGAACAACUUCAAUGGCAGCUCGUCGCUAUAUGAGCGGGGCACCAACCGACUGGUGGUCACGUGCCUCAACGAGAACCUGGAGUACGACCGGCCGUGCCCCGACAGCGCCAUGUCCCCGCGCCGGCACCUGUUGCCGCGGCUGGCGCGCGGUCCCGGCCAUGCCAGCAAGCUCGCCAUGGUUCAGCCGCCGGCCAGCGACAUCUUCCUCUGCGACUCGUGCAGCGCCGAGUUCAGCUCCGUCGCUGAUGUCAAGGCGCACGAGCGCGAAUGUGGCGUUACGGCGGAUGAGGAGUCGGUCUCGGACACCGAGUCGGUUCGCUCCGAGCCGGAGGUGCUGUGCCGCGACCAGACGCGCUUUCUUAGCUAUGUGGGUCUGGUCCCGGCCGUCAGCAGCGGCAAACAGCUGUACGCGUCGCCGAGCAAGCAGAGCGCGUCGGCCGAGCGGCGGCAGCGGCGGCGGCUGGCUCCGCUUGGCCGUUACCAGGCGGUGGACCUGAGCUCGCCGCUGGGCCGGCGGCUGGGCGCCGGCGUGGCGCCGCCCGCCGACGGCCUCGUCGACUACGAGCGCUACUGUGAUGACGGCAGUAACAAACGGCUGUGGCGCCAGCCAGCGUUUCCCGUCAGCUGGCGGCCUCCGCGCAACGGCCGCACGAUCGUGCACCGCUGGAGCCAUCUGUACAAGUUCACGGCCGCCCAGCGUCUGACGUGCCGCUCGCGGCGCCUGCUGCCGCUCGUGCUGCCCUGCUCGGUGCCGCUGAUGCGGCUGUCGCCAGAGCUGAUCGCUGAGGCGUGCCGGCCGCGAAGGACUCUCCUGGUGCGUGGCAGCGUGUGCAGGCCGCUCGGAAGCAGCGCACCGAGCCGCCCGAUCGGCCGCGAGACGCGCGAUCACGACACGCUCGUCAUCGACCUGUGCUCCAGCGACGAGGACGAUGACCACAGCAAGUGUGAUGGCGGGGCGGCAGCGGCGGCGGUGGCCACCGCUGGGAAGCCGGAGCUGUAG